AUGCGCAUACCAGCAGCGGAUCAUUCUCCACUCUUCCAGCUCUCCGCCAUGCUCCCUCCAUCUCCUCCCCUUUCCCCAUCUCCUCCCCACUCUCCGUCAUCUUAUCCGUCAUCCCCCUCUCCCUUCCCUUCCUCCUCCGUUAACCCCCCCCCUUCCGCCUCCUCCCCCUCCCCCUUCUGGCGGAUGCCUCUCUCCCCCUCCCGCGUUUACCUUAUUGAUUCAGCUGCCUCCUUCCGGGCGGCAAGGGUUGACGUUAUUCUGUCCAAGGCAAUUAUGAUAGCAUGCCGUGUACCCCGAGGGACGUGCGACCACCACGAGCGUGACUAUGAAGGUCGUGACCUUGAGGCACGCACUUCAGGCAGUGGAGAGGGACCGCAGCAGCAGGGAGGGGAGAAACAGUGGGGCCACGGAGUGGCAGCAGGGCUGCGAGGGCAGCAGCAGCAGCAUGUGGGGCAGCGUGAGAGUGAAACGGUAUCAUUGCCACAUCAGACGGACAGCUUGCAACCAACAGACAGAUGGCAGGAGGCGGAUGGGUGGGAGGAGGUGGUGCUGCUGCUGGACCUUCUGUCUCUCCCGCCCUGCCUGUACGCCCCCCCUCUCCGUGCCAUGCUGCGCGCGCCUCACACCCUCAAGCUCGGCUUUGCCUUCUCAGACGACCUCGAGUUCCUCCACCAAUCUCUCCCUUUGUACCACCACUCCCUCUCCUCACACCACCACUCCCUCCCCGCGCACUACCACUCCCACUCUCCUGACCACCAGUCGCUUCACCCAGACCACCACUCCCUCCACCACUCCCUCCACCACUCCCUCCACUCCCAUGAUCAUCCCUCCCUUCUCCCAGACCAGCACCGCUCCCCCCAUUCAGAGCACGAGCACCCCUCACAGGGCCAGGACUGCUUCCACCACGUGGCACCAUUCAUAGACAUCGGCACGGCCUACCACGCUAUUCGCCGCACACGCCUGCACCUCAAGCGCGACAACCUGCUCUCGCUCCUCACCGCCGCCGCCCCUCCCGGCUCCCUCGCGUCCAAAUCAGUGCUGCCGCCCGCAUCUGGGCUGUCAGGGCUGGCGCAGGUGCUGCUGGGGGCGCCGUUGGACAAGGAGUUGCAGUGCAGUGACUGGGAGCAGCGGCCGCUGUCACGCCACCAGCUGCUCUAUGCCGCUGCUGAUGCCCUCUGCCUUAUUCACAUGGCGGUUGCCCUGCUCCCCCUCGCUCUGCGCCCCCACGCCCUCUCUGCCCAUGCCCUUUCCGCACAUGGAAAGAAGCUCAUAGAGGAACAUUCCCACACGCUCUCCCUCUGCCACAUCACUGGCAAGGUGCGCUCUGUGGGAAAGAGCACGGGCGGCGUUAACAACAGCACCAGCACCAGCACUAGCAGCGGCAGCGACAGCAGCGGCAGCAGGGCGAGUUUGGGCCAAGGGGGGCCAGGGAAGGGGAGGGGUGGCUCAGGGAAGCGGUUGAACUCGAGAAAGGGGAGGAAGCAGGCACGAGAGAGCAGGAUUAGAGACGAGGGGGAGGUGGCGGCAGGGGGGGGCGAAGGAGUGGGAGCGGUGGAGGCAUGGCGAGGGUCAGAAGGAGAAGCAGCAGGCAGGGCAGUAGCGUGUGAGCAGGGCAGCGGUGGUGGAUCGCGUCACAAUGAAGCGCACUCAAAUGAUGAUGUGCCCUCAGGGGAUGCUCGUCCUGACAGGCCACACAGCGGAUUGGUGUCACCAUGGCAUGCAGUGCGGCAAAACAACAUGUUUGGGAAUGGAUUGGUGCCGCCGUGGGAUGAGUCACGGGGAGGGGAUGGGCAGGCGCGGUUCCUGUGUGACUCCAUGGUGGAGGGGCUGGCACGGCAGCUGCGGUGUGUGGGCGUUGACACCGCGUCUCCCAAGACUCUCGGCCGAGACACAUGUGACACGAGGAAACUAAUAGAGUGGGCAGAGAGGGAGGGCCGUGUGCUUCUAACGAGGGACGUGAAGCUCUUCCGGCGCCGCCUGCUGCCGCCCAGCCACAUGCACCUCAUUAGAAGCACCGACAAGCGCGAGCAACUGCGCGAAGUAGUAACCGCGUUUCGCCUGCUCCUGUGCGAGUCCUCGCUGCUCUCGCGCUGCAUCCGCUGCAACGGCACCUUCAAGCCGCAGGCUCUGGGGCCCUCAGAGGCAGCAGCGGCGGCGCCGUGGACACAGGUGGUGCCGAGUCACGUGUUGGAUCGAGUGGCAGAGUUCUGGCAGUGCUGCCAGUGCCAGCACCUCUACUGGGAGGGCUGCCAGUUUGAUCGCGCCAUUAAGCAAUUCACAGAGGUGUGCCAGCUGUCAGCUGCGCUGGCGCAGGCGAAUGUUUCAGCCAACAGUUGA